AUGGCCCGCUGGAGAAGGUCAGCUGAGGUUGCAAAUGAGGUGUUUUAUUUAAUCAACUUCCAAACACUGUGUAUGACUGAUGAUGGCCAUUAUUUGCCAGCAGAAAUCGGCGUAAUUGAAUACAGCAUCAAGCGAGGCAUAAGUAAAAAACUCCACAGAUUUAUAGAACCAGGAAGAAUUCCACUGGGAUAUAAAGGAGUUUGUAAAGAAAAAAGUGAGGAUUACCAUAAAAUUCCGAUGGAAAAUUUUGAGAAUGCCGAUUCCAAUUACAGAGGAUUAUGGAUCCAAUUAGAGAAUUUUGUAAAUCCUAAUGGAGAGAAACCCGAAUACCCUCCAUUUUAUUGUCUGGGUAAUGACAUCAAAGAAACGGCCUACUGUUUGGAAUGGAUUCAUGGGAGAGCCUGUCUAGGAAUCCCGAACCGACUGAAGAAAGUUUACGAAUUGGAGGGCAUGGUCACAGACCUUUAUCAACACUUAGGUCAUUCUGUAUCAAAGACAAGAGUUAUAGAAUUGCUCACUUCAAAUUCUUGGGAUUAUGAGCCAAAAACAAGAUGUGAUUACCAUGAAGAACUGGAAUGUAAAUACUGCUCACUGGGGAUUAUUCAAAGAUAUUCGUAUGCUAUCUCAGACAGUUUUUGUGGCCUGUUGAAGAUAGAACUGACCAACAGACAUCUCCCUGUCAGGACAGACAACCCAGUGGUAGCUCUUCCACCAUCUUCAAUGAAAGUGAAAGUACCAUCCCAGAAUCAGAGGUUUGAAAAGUCCCCAAUAAAACAGAGCAACAGUUACAGUGCACUAGCUAAGGUAAUAAUCAUUUGUAUUUCUGUGUAAGCCUUUAGACAUUCU